UAUAGCUACGGGGAUAAGCUGCCCAUUUGAGAAUAACAGUUUCUGGUCGCAGUGUUGGCACCACAUUCAUUCCGUGCGUAGCUCUCAACGUGGACCGAUCACCAUGGCCUCAAUACCGCGCUUUUGGAAUGCAUUAAGAUUACUUUUUCUAAUAUACAGCGUUGUUGGAGUCCAGCUUCGUGCAGUGGGCCCAUCGGAGUUACUGUUGAAAUCAUCUGCCAUAUCGGAUGGGCAAGACAUGUUACGCUCAGAUUCUUUUAGACGGUUGAGACGAGAGACUUUGGAGGCACAACGGGAACAAUGUGCAUUACUGACUGAACCAUGGACGGAAACCUACGGGUCUCAAGGAGAUUUGGCAAAAUCACUACAUCUCCGUGUCCUCUCAUUGCCACUCGGAGGGUCACGACGCACGGUCUUUCCAGAGCAACCGCUUUUCCGUUAUGUUCGAAGGGUUUACCGUUGCUGUCAGAUUGGUUUUCAUUGCAAAAGUGUGAAGGGAAUUCAGGGUCGCUUAAGUGGAGAUACAGGUGUGGAGUUCCUCCUUAGUCGGGACGUUUUGUCAGUGACAGUCAUGAGAGCAGAGAUUCAUCUCCAACUAUCAAACCCACGACAGCUGAACGUUGAGCCUGUGCUUCCGUUUAUGGUAAAACGCAAACUUUCUACAAGGUACAAUGUAAGGACAAGAGAUGACAUACUGGAGCUGAGAGUGGAUUUACUGUUCCUUUUCCAAGGUCUACAAGAGGCAGCUGAUGGGAACAGAGGGGGGCCUAGCCUGGUGGCCAUGCGGAAGGUCGGAGGGUUUUCCAGGGGGGGUCCACGAGAAAGGCCAUCUCUGCAGGACACCAAUAGAGGUCCAUUGGGGGAAGGGCCUGGGCCCUUGCAGACUGCCCUGGAGCUUGGCUUGGGCCUGAACUGCAACAAGGGGGGGGUAGAGGUAUCCUGUGAACAUAACGGACUUCACCUCGUACAUACCCCAUUCAUCGCUAUCUCCUAUAGAUGAAGACUGACCAAAAAAACUGGACACCUGAGUUCGUCACAUCCAAAUGCACCUCGCUUCCCCAACCCCAGACACAUGAUCACUUCAUUAUCUCUAAGCAGAAGCUCUCAAUGGCACUGCAUUUAUCCCACUGAAGAGGCAACAUUUCAGUUUGAAUUGUUAUGUAAAGGACCGGGACCUUAAGUCUAUUGUGUGGGGAGACUAUGUAGGACUAUUAUGGAAAACUAAUUGAUUUACAUAGGCUUUAUGCAUGUAGGGUUAUUUGCACUUUACCAAAUAUUUGAUUAUAUUAAUUUAUAAAUGUUCAUGUUUUGUCAGGUGUAAUGCUGAUAUGUGAACAUGUACUGUAAAU